UUUACGACGUACGAUGAAUGUGCUUCGCAGGUGCACCCAUUACUGCGAUCGUCUUUCCUUCAGCACAAUGCUUUACCUCAUCGACUCUGACAGGCUCUAUUGGCCGAGACCCUCUCUGGCCACAAACUGCUAUGCCGCGAUCUCCACCUCUUAUUCCGCCAGCAGGUGGCCCGUUUCGGGUGCCAAAAGUACCACUUGCGUGACGGGUGACCGCCCGCAUUCUUUUAUAAGGGACUUCACCUCUGGGUCCGGCCACUCAUGGCCUUUAUCUCCGUCUCUCCAGUCCGCUCGCCGUCGGUACCUCUUCAGUAGCUGAUUCCGCCGUAGCUCCUAGUCUUCUCGGGAGUUCAAAGGUAUUGCUCUUAGCUGGACUGGGGCAGGCAUCAUGCCGCUGCACGGUCGCUGAGACGACAAUGUGAUGUCUCGUCCGUUGCAGCAGGGACCAGUGAUUGACGGCGGAAAUAUUGGUUCAGCCGAAUCAAACACUAGGAUUCAGCUUCAAUGCGCAGUACCUAUGUACCCUACGCUUUGCCACAAGACGAGUCGUAUCCGAUGUCCCAACGUCAGACGGAGCCCUUGCAAGAGCCCGAUCCUAUUAACCGCUAUUAUCUUCCGACCUGGCCAUCGACAACUAUCUGAAGGACUUUGGCUAUGGCAAACAAGGGAGUGGAUACGGGGACUACUAGACUCUGGAUAGAUCUCGUUGUUAUUAGGUUUAAGGAUAUAUAAGAUAGUACAGAUACAUUUUGGUAGUAGAUAUAAAUGUAAUCAACUUGUUUCUUUAUAUUUAUA